GAGCGCACAGCGCUGCGCUGGUUCUAUGUCAUGGGCAAAGAUGUUGGUAACGCGAAGCGUCCGGGGUCGUUUUACUUCGACCCGAACAUGCCGGAAGGUUGCUUGCAGCAAAAGUCGACCAAGGCGUACUCGAACGGCUACGAUCGCGGUCACUUGGUCACGUCCAAUCACAUGGAUACGGACGCCAACAUCGCCCGCGAGUCGCACUACAUGAACAACGUUGUACCGCAAGUGUCGACCUUCAACCAGGGCAUUUGGGUCCAGACUGAAAAGCUUCAAGAAUGCUACCGUGACAUCAAUCCCGUCACGACGUACGGCGGCGUCAUCUAUGAUGCUAACUCGAGUACGCAGUUCGUCGAAGGCUGGGGCAUCAAGACGCCGAGCUACUUCUGGAAGGUCGUGCUCACUACGGACGCGAAGGGCGCCGACAAGAUCAUCGCGUGGUUCUUCCCCAACGAGGAAAAUCUCGGCAAGCUGGAUGAGUACUUGGUGUCGGUCGCCUCCAUUGAAGACCGGCUCAACGACGGUCUUGGCCCGAUUCCAGUCCCAGAGGGGCUCAAGAAGACAGUCGAGACCGCGACGUGGGCUCUUCCCGACAACUGCGAUCACGGCCGCCGCUUGUUGUAAUCGACACUCGAUGCAGAGUCGUUUUGCGAUGCACAGCACACUAAACAAGGUGUACAGUUUGAAGACUGCUAGUAUUUGGUAAAGAAAAAUAGAGCAGUACACUACAUUCG